GUCAUUACAGGUCGGUCCAGUAGCAAGGCGUGUGUCAAGACUGCUCCCUAAUUGUUCCAAUAAAUAUAUACACACACCCAGCAAGCGCACACAAACGCCACAUCCACACGAAGCCCUGCAGGUCAAGCUAUCGAGCUCACUGAUCGAUCGAUCACACAUAGAGAGCCAUGGGGUUCACGGUGCGGAGGACGAGCGGGUCGUAUGUGCGCCCGGCGACGGCGACGCCGGCAGGCUCGCUGGAGCUCUCCGCCAUCGACCGCGUGGUGGGGCUGCGCCACAUGGUGCCGUCGCUGCACGUGUACGCUCCCCGCGGCUGCAGCGACGACGACAGGCGCGGCGGCGAGGCACAGCCGCAGCCGUCCCCGGCGAGCGUGGUCCGGGAGGCGCUCGGGAAGGCGCUGGUGGACUACUACCCGAUGGCCGGCCGGUUCGUCGACGGCCCCGAGGGUCCGGGCGGCGCCCGCGUGGAGUGCACCGGCGAGGGCGCGUGGUUCGUGGAGGCCGUCGCCGCCGGGUGCAGCCUGGAGGACGUCGCGUGCCUCGACCAGUACCCCUUCGCCAUCCCGGAGCAAGACCUGCUCCCGGACGAGGCGCCCGGCGUGCAGCCACUUGACCUCCCUCUCAUGAUGCAGGUGACGGAGUUCAAUUGCGGUGGCUUUGUUGUUGGGCUGAUCUCCAGCCACACCAUCACCGACGGCCUGGGCGCUGGGCAGUUCAUGACCGCCAUUGGCGACUACGCCCGCAGCCUCCCCAAGCCCCGCGUCACCCCCAUCUGGUCCCGUGAGCUCAUCCCGAAGCCACCCAAGCUCCUCUCCGGCCCUCUUGGCAAACCGCGGAUGCUCCAACUCCGGCACCUCACCGUGGACCUGAGCUUCGACAGCAUCGAGAAGGCCAAGUCCCGGUUACUCCAGUCCACGGGGCGGCGCUGCUCCACCUUGGACGUCGCCAUCGCCAAGACAUGGCAGGCGCGGACGCGUUCGCUGCGGCUGGCCGACACGUCCGCGCGCGUCACGCUUUGCGUCGCCGCUAACGUUCGCCACCUGCUGCGCGGCGACGCCUGGAGGCCCAAGGACGGCGCCGGCGUCGCAGGGUACUACGGCAACUGCAUGUACCCGGUGAUGGUGAGCGCGGAGAGCGGCGCGGUGGAGGCUGCAGACUUGGCUGUUCUGGUGGCCAUGAUGCAGGAGGCCAAGGCGCGGCUGCCGGCGGAGUUCGCGCGGUGGGCGGCGGGGGAGCUCGUCGGGGUCGAGGACCCCUACGAGCUGCCGUUCGCGUACGAGGCGCUAUUCGUGUCGGACUGGACGCGGCUUGGGUUCCAGGAAGCGGACUACGGGUGGGGUGGGCCUUCCCACGUGAUACCUUUGGCUUAUCACCCGCACAUGCCCAUCGCCAUCGUCGGUGCACCGCCGGCGCCACGGAUGGGGGUCAGGAUCAUGACGGAGUGCGUCGAGCAGGAGCACUUGCCGGUGUUCAAGGAGGAGAUGAUGGCGUUCCUGAAUUGACUCUGCUCUGCCUCUGUUUUUUUAGACCAUGCUCUGCCUCUGUUUUAGGAACCUUGUUGGGUGUGCAAGUACGUGGUCCUCCUCUGCUUGUCGACAUUCUCAGCAGUAGGACCUUGACCCCAUCUCUCCCUUCGCCAAUGCUGUCACCUCUGCUCCCGCUGGCAGCCUUUCAAAUGCUUGUGCCUCAGCAGUGUGCAAUAAGCCAAUAACAUGCGAAUUGAUAUCGGAAUA